AUAAUUCAGGUCCCUUUCUCUCCCUCACACUGACUUUUAGUUCUCUUCGAUUCCACCCCCCUUUCGUGCUCGUGCUUCUUUCUUCUUCCUCUUCUUCUUCUUCCAACCCUUCGCCCGUGUCGAAUUCACCGCACGUGCACAAUUCGUGCGCUCCCUCUCUCUCUCUCUCUCUCUCACCGACAUCGUUCAAUUCCCCUCUCCUUUAAUCUCAUCGGACCACAAUCGCCGAUCGUCGCGCAUCUACCUCCGGAACUUGCCGACCGAUUCCUCUCCCGCGAUCGCUGCCGCUUCUCCCCACAGUGUGGAGGAAUGAGUAGCAGGUGGAAAGGCGAGGACUUGAGAGAGUAAUGCGGUUCUUGGUUGUUGGGAGAUGAAUGUGCAGGCGCAUAUGUCGUCGGGGGCAGGCCAGGUGCAGAACCAGGCCGGGCUGCCGCAGCCCCAGCAGAACGGGAGCACGCUCGCUCAGCAAAUGCAUAAUCUGGCCACUGGCGCUGCCGCCACUGGCGGUGGCCUCCGCACGCUGUUCACCGUGGAGCCGGAGAUGGGUAGAGCACGCGCCUCUAUGCAAGAGAAGAUCUUUAAUAUAUUACUUCAGCGGCAGAGGCAGCAGCCACCUCUUAAUGAUCACGAAAAAAGGAAGUUUAAGGAUAUUGUGAAACGUUUAGAGGAGGGUUUAUUAAGAGCUGCUCAUACAAAGGAGGAUUACAUGAACCUUGACACUCUAGAGAGCCGCUUGCAAGGUUUGAUUAGACGCUCACAAUUGAAUAGUCAGAACCAACAGUAUCCGCAGCUUGUUAAUUCUUCCUCUCCUAUUGGUACAAUGAUACCAACACCUGGUAUGUCACACAGUGGGAAUUCAACUAUGAUUGUUGCAUCUUCUGUGGAUACUUCGAUGAUUUCUGCUAGUGGACCUAAUAGCAUAGCACCUACAUCGAUCAACACUGGAAGCCUAUUGCCAUCUAGUGCUGGUGGCAUACAUGGUGGUUCAUUCAAUAGAUCUGAUGGUCCUUUGUCUAAUGGAUAUCAGCAGUUUCCUGCAAAUUUUUCCCUCAGUUCUGGUGGAAACAUGUCAUCAAUGGGUGUUCAAACAAUUACAAGCCAAAUGAUUCCUACUCCCGGAUUUAAUAGUAAUAGUAACAAUAAUAACAAUAACAAUCAGUCUUUCAUGAACUUGGAAUCUGCUAAUAAUGGUGGUGGGUUUUCCACUGUUGAGUCAACGGUGGUGUCGCAACCACCGCAACAAAAGCAGCAUCUUGGUGGUCAAAAUAGCCGUAUAUUGCACAACCUUGGUAGUCAAAUGGGCAGUGGGGGAAUUAGGUCUGGGUUGCAGCAGAAAGCUUAUGGGUUUCCAAAUGGGGCUUUAAAUGGUGGUUUAGGGUUGAUUGGGAAUAAUUUACAACUUGUGAAUGAAUCUGGCACCUCUGAGGGGUUUCUUACUGGUGCUUCUUAUGCUAAUUCACCCAAACCUUUGCAGCAGCAUAUCGAUCAGCAUCAGCGGCCAUUAAUGCAGGGUGAUGGAUAUGGAAUGAGUAAUUCUGAUUCUUUUGGGUCUGGAAACUUUUAUGGUGCUGCAACAUCUGUUGGAUCAAUGAUGAACACUCAGAACUUGGGUUCAGUUAGCUUGCCAUCUAUGUCCAAAUCUAACUCUCCUCUGAUAAAUCAUUCGAAUUUGCAAGCUACGCAACAGGCUGUCUAUAUUAAGCCUCAAUCAGUUGAUCAAUCGGAAAAGAUAAAUUUCCAAGCUCCAAUGACUUCCAGAGAUAAUCUACUACAUCCUCAUCAACAGCAGCAAUUUCAGCAACAGCCACAUCAGUUUCAACAUCGGCAGCAAUUUGUCCAACAGCAACGGCAACAGAAGCAGCACAUUCAGCAGCACCCGCAUAUGUUGAAUAAUGAAUCUUUUGGUCAGCCUCAGAUUACCUCUGAUCUAGGUAGCCAAGUGAAGCGUGAGCCUGGAGCAGAGCACCACAAUGAAGUUAUGCCCUCACAAGUUUCGGAACAGUUCCAAUUGUCUGACAUGCAGAACCAAUUCCAGCAGAAUUCUGCUGAAGACCGAUCCAAGGGUGCUUCCCAUCUCCCUCUUCCAUCUGCCCAGCUUGAUAUCUGCUCACCACAGUCUCAAAAUUCUCAACAAAUGCAUCAAUUGCUGCAUCCAAACCAACUCAUUACGGAUUCUCAAAGUGAUAAUAACCCCCUUUCUGUUGGAGCACAAUCAGAAUCAGCCCUGCAGGGUCAAUGGAAUGUUCAAUCACAAGACAGGAAUCACAUACCGAGGAGCAUGUCACUUGAACACCAUGUCCAAGAGGAUUUCCGUCAGAGAAUAUCUAGGCAAGAUGAGGCUCAGUGUAAUAAUUUGUCAUCAGAAGGUAUUAUUGGUCAAAUUGCUGGUUGUAGAAGCACUGCUGAGCCCCCUAAUUUAAGUGGUGUUACCAGUAGAUCUGGUAAUGCAAACCAUGAACGGACGUAUAUAAAUCAACAGAGGUGGCUUUUGUUCUUGCAACAUGCUCGUGUAUGUGAUUAUCCCAAAGGGAAAUGUCGAACAAUUCACUGCGCAAGUGCUCAAGACUUGUUGUUGCACAUCAGUAAAUGCAAUCUGGCUCCAUGCCCUAGUCGCUCUUGCCGUCAAACCAAGGACUUGCUUGAACAUCAUAAGAAAUGCCGGAGCCCAAGUUGCCCUGUUUGUGUUCCCGUAAGAAACCUUAAACUACGUGCAAGAUUGAAGGUGCGUUCUCGAACAGAUUCUGGUUCUUGUUUGCCUAGUUCAAUUAGUGCAUCCUGUAAAUCCUAUCAUACCGGAGACACUUCAGCUAGAUUGAUCCCGAAGCCUCCCUCAGCCGUUGAAACUUCGGAAGAUCUACAACCUUCUCUAAAACGCAUGAAGAUAGAGCAUUCCUCCCAAUCUCUUCUUAUUCCUGAGAGUGAAAGUUCUGCACUAUCGGUUUCUGUGUUUAGUGAAUCCCAUGGGGGGAAGGACACUCAUCUCCAAGGUAAUCAACAUGGUGAGAUUUGUAUGCCUAUUAAGUCUGAGUUGCCAGAAGUGAAGAUAGAAGUUGCUGAAAAUUCUGGACAAAGUCUUGCUGAGAUGAAGCAUGAUGAUGUGAAUGAUAACUGCAACCAAAGACCUGCUAGUCAACCUGUUGCAUAUGAUGAGCGUUCUGGUUUGUCUACGGAAGAAAAUAUUAAACUUGAGAAAGAGAUGGAUCCAGCUAAGCAAGAAAAUGUGACACAGCCUGCCGAACAUGUGGCAGGUACCAAGUCUGGGAAGCCAAAAAUAAAGGGUGUAUCAUUGACUGAACUUUUCACUCCAGAGCAGGUUAGGGAGCAUAUCACAGGUCUCAGGCAAUGGGUUGGCCAGAGUAAAGCUAAGGCAGAAAAGAAUCAAGCAAUGGAGCAUUCAAUGAGUGAGAACUCUUGUCAGCUGUGUGCAGUUGAGAAGCUCACUUUUGAACCACCACCUAUAUAUUGCAGUCCAUGUGGUGCUCGCAUCAAGCGAAAUGCAAUGUAUUAUACCAUGGGUGCAGGUGAUACACGACAUUAUUUCUGCAUUCCAUGCUAUAAUGAGGCUCGUGGAGAUACCAUAAUUGUUGAUGGUACUAACAUUCCAAAGGCAAGGCUAGAGAAGAAGAAAAAUGACGAAGAGACUGAAGAAUGGUGGGUUCAAUGUGAUAAGUGUGAAGCUUGGCAACAUCAAAUUUGUGCUUUAUUUAAUGGUCGAAGAAACGAUGGUGGACAAGCUGAAUACACUUGCCCAAAUUGCUAUAUACAAGAGGUUGAAAGAGGAGAGCGUAAGCCCUUACCACAGAGUGCUGUUCUUGGGGCUAAAGAUCUGCCAAGAACAAUUCUUAGUGACCACAUAGAGCAGCGUUUAUUUAGGAGGCUGAAGCAGGAAAGACAAGAGAGGGCAAGGCUUCAAGGGAAAAGUUAUGAUGAGGUUGCUGGAGCAGAAUCACUUGUAAUUAGAGUUGUGUCAUCUGUUGAUAAAAAGUUGGAAGUGAAGCAGCGGUUUCUUGAAAUUUUUCAAGAAGAGAAUUAUCCGACAGAAUUUCCGUAUAAAUCCAAGGUAGUUUUGUUGUUUCAGAAGAUUGAGGGUGUAGAAGUUUGCCUAUUUGGCAUGUAUGUUCAAGAGUUUGGAUCUGAAUGUCUAUUUCCAAACCAGCGUCGUGUUUAUCUGUCGUACCUGGACUCUGUGAAGUAUUUCAGGCCAGAGAUUAAAGCAGUUACUGGAGAGGCACUUCGUACAUUUGUUUACCAUGAAAUUCUGAUUGGAUACCUUGAGUACUGCAAGAAACGAGGUUUUACUAGCUGCUAUAUAUGGGCUUGUCCUCCAUUAAAGGGUGAAGAUUACAUUUUAUAUUGUCAUCCCGAAAUUCAAAAAACACCUAAAUCCGAUAAGCUUCGGGAAUGGUAUCUAGCCAUGUUAAGAAAAGCUGCCAAGGAAAAUAUUGUGGUUGAUCUCACUAAUUUAUACGACCAUUUCUUUGUAUCUAGUGGUGAAUGUAAGGCUAAGGUAACUGCAGCUAGGUUGCCAUAUUUUGAUGGUGACUACUGGCCUGGUGCUGCGGAGGAUCUUAUUUAUCAGAUGCGUCAAGAAGAGGAUGGCAAAAAACAGAAUAAGAAAGGAACAACUAAGAAGACCAUAACAAAGAGGGCUCUAAAAGCAUCUGGCCAGUCUGAUCUUUCUGCUAAUGCAUCGAAGGAUCUGCUACUCAUGCAUAAACUCGGAGAAACCAUUUCCCCAAUGAAGGAAGAUUUUAUCAUGGUUCAUUUACAGCAUUCUUGCACACACUGUUGUAUCCUAAUGGUAUCUGGAAACCGUUGGGUUUGCAACCAGUGCAAAAAUUUUCAGCUUUGUGAUAGGUGUUAUGAGGCUGAACAGAAACGUGAAGAAAGAGAAAAACAUCCAAUCAAUCAGCGGGAAAAACAUGCCCUCUAUCCAGUUGAAACUACUGAUGUACUUGCUGAUACGAAGGACAAAGAUGAGAUUCUUGAGAGUGAAUUCUUUGAUACCAGACAGGCAUUUCUGAGUCUUUGUCAAGGAAAUCAUUAUCAGUAUGACACCUUACGCCGGGCUAAACAUUCCUCGAUGAUGGUCCUUUACCAUCUUCAUAAUCCAACUGCUCCUGCGUUUGUGACAACAUGCAAUAUAUGUCAUCUUGACAUUGAAACUGGUCAGGGUUGGCGAUGUGAAGUAUGCCCUGAUUAUGAUGUAUGCAAUGCUUGUUAUCAAAAAGAUGGGGGUAUUGAUCAUCCUCAUAAGUUGACAAACCAUCCAUCCGUGGCUGAUCGUGAUGCUCAGAAUAAAGAAGCAAGGCAAAUAAGAGUUGUACAGCUUAGGAAGAUGCUUGAUCUUCUGGUGCAUGCAUCACAAUGUCGUUCUGCACUUUGCCAGUACCCAAAUUGUCGCAAGGUGAAGGGGCUUUUUCGCCAUGGAAUACAAUGCAAAACGCGUGCAUCUGGAGGUUGUGUUCUCUGUAAGAAAAUGUGGUAUCUUCUUCAACUUCAUGCUCGAGCUUGCAAAGAAUCUGAAUGCCACGUACCGCGUUGCAGAGAUCUAAAAGAACACUUAAGGAGGCUACAGCAGCAGUCGGAUUCACGGCGAAGAGCUGCUGUGAUGGAGAUGAUGAGACAGAGAGCUGCAGAGGUUGCCAGCAAUGCUGGAUGACCAAUUUGUACAUAGUGAUAUGGGAGUUUUGAAGAAAGCCCUUGAGAUAGAGGGGAGGUAGACCAUAGUUUUGUGCUGCUCCACUAAGACCAUUACUGGAAAGUAGGCAGUCAGUUGAUGGGCGAAAGUGGUGGGGAACAAAACAGGAGAUUGGUUCAUAUUUUCACUUGUUAGGGAAAUAUUCUUUUUUUUUUCAUUUAGAUGAUGAUCCGCGACUCAAUUCUCCCGGAGCAAGUGAAGUUUAUUGAUAGGAGCCGCCCUCUUCAACAAACCACUAACACCAGUGUUGCUCGGGGGUAUUAGUGUACUGAUGCGUGUCUUACUUACUGUGGCCCAAUUUGGUGAUUCUUUAAUUUUACAAUCCGCUUUUAUUCUGUAAGAAUGUCGUCCUUGGGUGGCAAGUGUAGUAUAAUUGUUCUCAUCUUUCUAGAUAAUAUUUUCUUACAAAGGAAUGUCAGAGGGAGUUUAGUUUCGAAGCCCUCUCUCUCUCUCUCUCUCUUUUUUUUUUUUUUCUUUUUCUUUUGUAGACCGUGUUAUUUAAAGAUGGAAAAAAAAUAAGUAGAGCAUAUCCAACACUGCAGGAAUUCAUUUU